CAGCUUUUCAUUCCGGCAUCGUAGUCGACCCGAGAGCUUCGAGUCGUCAGCUCGUCGGGGUUAAUCUCGCGUGUGCUCGCGGAAGUAGUGAUCGUGCUUUUAUUUAUUGUAUCAUAUGUGUCUCCAACAUCCAAUACACACAAUCAAUUACCAUUCCCCUUAAUCGCAAUCGUAAUCAAAAUCAAAAUCAUAAAUAUUAUCGACUUACAUUUCGGCAUUGUUUUGUUGUAAAAAGUGCCGGUGGGUUUCGUUUUUUCUUCAUUUUUCCAACAAAAUCGGAGUCGAGAUGAAUCACAUACGGAUAUGGAUAUCGAUGAGGAAAACAAUACCGAUACAGAUUAUUUAAAGAGCUAGGGGCGAAUAACUGUCGCAUGUUAUGGCUUGAUUAUUGAUAAUGAUAAUAAUAUUAGUGUUAAUGUCGAUGAUAUACAUGAGUUAAAUUAAACGGAGGACACAGAUCUUGGAUGCUUGAAGAGGAUAAGGUUCAAUCGGUCUCAAAAUUGGAAAUCAAAAUCUUGUGAUUAAAUCAUUUAAUGCAUCGCAUUAUUUAAUUCGUUAGCAACUUAUUAGUGGUGUUGUGAUUAGUGCGUACGAUUAAAUGAUUGAAGACGUAAAUUGAUAAAAAAAAUUGCUGAUAUAAAAAUCAAAUAGUUAUUUUAUUGUAUAAUUAUUUAAUAUUAUUAUUAUUUAUGGGAUAAAAUUUGAAUGGAAUGAGUGAGUGUUGUUUUUAGUGGUGCAGUUCAGUGGAGUUUCUUAGUUAUUAAUUAAUAUAAAAUAUAAAUGUGUAGUCGGCUCCGUUGGAGCGAGCUUUUUUUAAUGGUGCAGUCGUUUCAUUUAAGAGGAUCUACUUUCGAAAAGAUUUAGUUCGCAAUCAUUUAAGAUUUAUUUUUUCGGAUCGAGACGUUUUAAUUAAUUUUUUAUUGUUAUUAUUAAUAUUACUUUUAUAAAAAAAUUAAUUACUGAUUUUAUGACGCUCGAAAAAUAACAAACGAUGAAGACUUUUUAUUGAAAAGAAAAUAACGAGGCGUGUUGCUGGCAGUUAAGGUAAUUAGGCGAUGAAAUUAACUUUCAGAUGGCAAGGAGGAAUUCGGUGAAGCGGGGUGGUGGCGAUCGGGGCCGUAGUGGGGUCGGAAGGGCGAAAACAGGAGGAAAAUUUUCGAUAUGUAGAAUAAUCUUCGAGAGGCAAUCAAACUAACUCGAGAAUAAUAAUGAUAAUGAGCGAAAGUUUAAGGUUAAAAUUAUCUAGGAAACGGGUCCGCUGUUCGAUAACUGCCAAUUUUUUCGAUUUUGAGGUUAGUAACCGAGGUUAUUAUUGCUUCUGAGUUCAGGCGUUUUGUAAGAGUUUACUAUUAGAAAUAGUUGUAAUUGUAACGAUAAUCAUAAUCAUAAUCAAAGUAGAUAAGAAUAUAAGUUAAUGACCGGAAGAAAAUGAUAUGCAAAAUGGGACUCCUGACGGCUGUGGUCUGUUUGGUGUUGACUGUGCCUAUCGUCUCCUCUCUGUCGGUAAAGCAGAAAUUAAACCCUCGGAUAGUACAAUUACGUAAUGGACAGAUUCAAGGCUUGACUCAGUCCUUUGAGAACAGGCAACUCAAGCCGGUGGACGUUUAUCUGGGAAUUCCGUACGCCACACCACCGAUUGGAGGCGGCAGAUUUUCCCCUACUAAAGCGCCCAACCCUUGGGACGGAGUUAGACUCGCUAAUGCGAUUGGGCCUGUCUGUCCGCAAAGACUUCCCGACAUAAGUAACGAGGCGGCGGCAUUGGAACGAAUGCCACGAGGACGUCUCGAGUAUUUAAAAAGACUUUUACCUCAUCUAAAAAAUCAAAGCGAAGACUGCCUUUAUUUGAACAUCUACGCUCCUGCUAUGGGAAUGUCAGACAGCGGGAAGAGGCAUCCGGUACUUUUGUACAUCCAUGGAGAGAGCUACGACUGGGGAAGCGGAAAUCCAUACGACGGGAGCGUCCUCGCGAGCUACACUGACCAAGUAGUCGUAACGAUCAACUACCGGCUCGGAGUUCUCGGCUUUCUCAACGCCAACAUUUCGCCUCAUACGAAAGCAGAGGUCGCGAAUUACGGGCUUAUGGAUCAGCUGGCUGCUCUUCACUGGGUGAAGGAGAACAUUGCCCUCUUUGGCGGUGAUCGGGGAAAUGUUACGCUCAUGGGACAUGGCACUGGGGCUGCCUGUGUUAAUUUUCUCGCUAUUAGUCCAACUGUCAUGUCUGGUCUUUUUAAGAGAGCGAUUUUACUGUCAGGCAGUGCUUUGUCAUCCUGGGCAGUUGUAGAAGAUCCGGUUACGUAUGCAGUAAAACUAGCUAAAGCAGUAAACUGCUCUGUACCAUCGGAUCUGUUGAAAGAGCACGAGCUGAUCGUGGAUUGUCUACGUGAAACCCGGCUAGAAGAUCUCAUGUCAGCGGACGUACAAGCUCCGACUUUUCUCAGUGCUUUUGGUCCUAGUGUCGACGGGGUUGUCAUAAAACCCGAUUUCCACAAGGAUCUCCUCUCUUAUCUCGGUCCAGAAUUCCAAGGAUCCGGACAACUUCCAAAGAGAAGUGAUCCUGGAAUGCCAAUCACCAGUAACAACAAGUAUGACCUAUUGUUUGGCGUUACAACCAGUGAAGCUUUGUGGAGGUUUGCUGAAAAAGACGUUCAAGCUGGUUUCGAGGGAGAAAGACGGGACAGAAUAAUACGGACCUAUGUCAGAAAUACAUAUACUUAUCAUCUUACUGAGAUAUUUUAUACGAUUGUGAAUGAGUACACCGAGUGGGAGCGAACAAUGCAGCAUCCAUCGAACACCAGAGACGGAUGCGUACGUGCGUUGAGUGAUGCACAAUUCGUAGCACCACUUGUCCAAACUGGAGAUCUUUUCACUCUUCGUCACACUCGCCAACCGAACAACCCUCACAUUACACCAGUUCCUGACAGUGAGAAAGAACCCAUGCCAAAAACUUAUUUCUACGUUUUUGAUUUUCAAACAAAGGACGGCGAUUAUCCAGAGAAAAUGGGAACAGUUCACGGAGAAGAACUGCCUUAUAUUUUUGGAGCUCCGUUAGUUGACGGAUUUGGAUAUUUUCGAAGAUCUAAUUACACCAAAUCAGAUAUGAUAAUGUCUGAAAGUCUGAUCCAAGCGUUCGCCAACUUUGUAAAGUCUGGAAACCCCAAUGCAUACGAGCACCAUAGAAACGAAAGAAACGAGGCUCAAAUGGCAAUCACCAAAGAAAAAAACAAGUUUCGGUCGAUCAACUGGGAGCAAUACGAUCCUGUCCAUCAGAAAUACUUGGAAAUUACAAAGAAACCGUCUAUGAAAAAUCACUAUCGUGCUCAUCAGUUAUCAGUGUGGUUAAGACUCGUCCCGGAAUUACACCGAGCUGGAAUGGAAGACGUUGAGCCAAGACACAAUCUUUUUCGUGGCCACGGAGAUCCUAAUCUGUAUGAUGGCUCAGUACGUCCUGAUCCUCUCAGUAGGAUUGGCGAAGAAUACAGACGCAGAAAUUUAACAACAGAAGUACCAACAACCACUGAUUACAGUAUCACGACCUGUGUCAGUCUUAUCCAAAGCACAAAUCUUCAGAAUGUUCACAAUACCAGCUCGGAUACUCUCGCGUCAUUAGAUGCUGCUGGGUACGCGGCGUAUUCCACAGCUUUAAGUGUAACAAUAGCAAUAGGGUGUAGCCUAUUGAUUCUAAACGUCCUAAUAUUUGCCGGAGUGUAUUAUCAGCGCGACAAAACACGAUUAGAAGUUAAGAGUAUGCAGCAACAACAAAUGAUGAACCAGCAGUGUGGUCCGAGAGGAUUUACUGAGCUAAAACAACCGCCGUUACCGCAUGCACACUUUGGGGAAGGCGGCCAAGUUGUCGUUGAUGUAGAAAAUGAAAUGUUGAGACGAAACGUUACUAAAGUGUCAAAUGACUCUGGACUGAUGCAACAAGCACAAAGUACCCACACACUGCCACAUCAUCAUCAUCAUUAUCAAAAACAACCGCAUUCAGGUCACGCUACUCUACCACGAUCGUCAGUUAUCCACGAUAUGGGAUUACCGCGUGGUGUAGACAGUCUCAAUUGUCCACCAAAUGGGUCGAUCCACUUGACAGUACCGCGAGCACCACCGCCACCGCGAACAAAAAGCCCACCGGAGAACCAGCCGCUGCUUCAGGGCGGACAAGUCUUGAACCGUACAACCCAAGGGAGCAUGACCGAGAUGAGAGUGUGAUGUAUGGACUCCCCUCCGAGGCCAGUCGUCCCGGAUGUGCUGACGGCGUCGACCUUGCUAUAGAGAGAACUCGUCAAACUCCAGCCUGAAUAUGAAUGUCGUUGAGGGAUCCAGUUACUCGAUUUUAUUUAUUAAAUUAAUUGAUAACAAAAAAAAAAUUAAUAAAUAUGUCCGUCAUAAAUAUACAUGUUUUUAUGUAUAAACUGAUUUAGGAUUCAUAUGUUUAUAUUUAUAUAUUAAUUUUAAAUAAAACUGAGACUGUCACGGCAAUUCCUACACGGCGCUCAACAUCUGGUACGAUUGUUAGACAUCGGAGGGGGGGUGUAAGCCACUAAUUAAUAAAUUAAGUAUUUAAUAUAACGAGAUGAGUAGGAUCUCACAUGUUGUGUUUAUAUUAAUAAUAUGGUGUUUUUAAUUAACGUUAAAAGUAUUCAUUUUUUAAAUUAUAUUACUGCUAAAAUAUUAAUU